GUGUAUGUUUGUGAUUGUGAUUGAAAAUUGAAAUCCCUUGAGUUGAGCUUGAGCAUUUAUGCGCACAGUCUCUCAAGUUGUGAACGCACCCUAUCCAUGACCGUUUUAAAGGGAAACAUGGCGACUGCCAAUUGCAGUAGAAAUGUCAAACAUUGAAUUCAACGUUAUUACCAGUGAUAAAACGAGUUUGGUGUUAUGUAGAAAAUCAAAAUGUCUCGUUUAGUAGAUUAUUUCAUCGUAACUGGAUACGACCAUGACAAAGACCGUGGUGGCUUCAGCCAAGGAAAAAUCAUUCAACGUUUCCCUGAAAAAGACUGGGAAGACACACCUUUCAUUCCAGGUAUUGAGCUGUUCUGUCAGCCACUGGGAUGGAUGCUAUCAUCAGAACAGCAGGAACCAAAGUUCUUCAUCUCAGUCCUAACUGGCAUUGAUGGCAACAGGCACUAUUGUGCCUGCUUGAGUUUUAAUGAGGCUGUUUCCAUCUCCCCGUCUAAAAUUGAUGAGGAAGAAGACACAGCAACUGAUUUUCGGAACUUUCAGUUGCUUGGGCUUAAUCGUUCUCUCUCCUCUACAAGUACUCACCACAGCAUAAUGUAUGCACCAACAUGCCUUGUUCUUGUCUCUAGGCAUAAUUAUCCAGACACGUUCCGUAACUGCUUAGGAAUUAUUUAUACAGUGCACAUUGAGAACAUGGGACUACCGUUGGAGACGCUAAUUGGCAACUUAUUAGGCUGUGUUUUUGUACCGUCACCGGGUGGACCUCAGAUUCAUUUCAGUAUUGGCGCCAAGGACAAGCAAUAUCUUCAACCACCGGCUAGUCCGACACUGCCCGUCACUGGUUCAACCGUAACACGGUUGUUCCAGCAAUUAGGCAUCAAGAAUACACUUUCUGUUUUUUCCGCGGCGCUGACAGAUCAAAAAGUGUUGUUUCACUCGAGCAGCCAUACACGACUGAAUGAGGCUUGUCACGCACUGACAUCAAUCAUGUUUCCCUUCCGAUACGCCUACGUCUACAUUCCCAUUUUACCAGCCACCAUUGUUGAAGUCCUCUCGUCACCAACACUUUUUAUUAUGGGAGUUCACUCUUCGUUGCGAAACCAAGUGCCCGAACUGAUGGAUGUCGUCGUGGCAGAUCUGGAUGGAGGGUCUGUCACCAUACCUGGAAGUAUCAGUGUCCCCCUUUUACCCGAACCUCUUCUAACAAAUGUCCACGAAGCCCUCAGUAUGGUCCUUCAGCCAGAGUUGCGCAGCGCCGAUUGGGCAUUUCCACUUUCGUCUGUUCCAAAGAUUGAACCUUAUACUCAGGACAAGGAAAUUCGCGCAAUUUUCAUUCGAUCCUUGGCUCAUCUUCUCCAAGGAUACCGCCAUUGUCUUACAAUAUUACGUAUUCACCCAAAGCCAGUCAUUACUUUCCACAAGGCGUCUUUUCUUGGCCAUCGCGGUUUGGUCGACUGUGAAUUUACAACACGUGUUUUAGGAAUGUUUUUCAACACUUUUGUGGCAGAACGAGGACCAUCUUGGCGAGUCUGUGACGUUUGGGACGACGUGUAUAGCGCUUUAGCCGAUCAACUACGAGCUGAAAGUCACGAUCAAAAGCUUGUCUUAACGCAUAUUCGUCAACUGGCUGCGCAGCUUGCUGCUAACGAAGAACCUUCGCCGCAGCCUUUCACGCAACGCAUCCCACGACCUACCGAGGGUGCUUUCACCCGGAUUCAUCAGCCGGUUUUCCCUAAGCUAUCACCUGAGCUCAUCCAGCAGCGAAUCGAUCAAGGCCUAGCGAAAGGCAAUGCUGAUCUAGUCCAAGCGGCCGUCAAAUCUUCCGCCUCAGCUCCACGACUUGUACCAAUGGGACCGCCGUUGAGCGGUUUGCAAGAUUCACGACACCUUUUCAACAACUCUGCUCGUCGCCUUGAAGUCUUGCGAAAUUGCAUAAAUUGCAUUUUUGACAACAAGAUCUCGGACGCUCGUAAGACAUUUUCGGCAGUUUUGCGUGCUCUUAAGACAAACGAUUCACGAUUGGCUUUGUGCACCGAACUUGGUCAUCACGUGGCCGGUAGCCGAGCUAUCCUUGAUCCAGCUCAAUUUGAUCUUGUCGUUCGUUUAUUAAAUUGCGCCCUUCAAGACACUUCGGUUAUGGAUGAAUAUGGUGUGGCGGCAGCUAUUCUUCCUUUGGCAACUUCUUUUUGCCGAAAACUUUGUACUGGUGUAGUUCAGUUUGCCUACACCUGUAUUCAAGAUCAUCCAGUAUGGCAAAGUCAACAAUUUUGGGAAGCUUCGUUCUAUCAAGAUGUUCAGCGAGAUAUUCGUGCGCUGUAUCUUCCUCGUUCCGACUCCAACAAUACGGAUACCAUUCAGGUUACUAAAUUUGAAAUGUCAGUGCUAGAAAUCGCAGCCCAACAAAUGCGACGAUGGCCAUCAAUGACCAUCGAACAGCGUCUUGAAUUAGAAGCCAACGAGGAAUCUACCAUCUACUCUCAAGCUAUCCAUUACGCCAAUCGUAUGGUAUACUUGCUGAUUCCCCUGGAAGCUGGCGAGAGACGACGGAGAGAGAGAGCAGUUGCGGGGCACGGAGAACAUGACAGCGUCAGUGCCAGUGUAACGAACACGAGCGUAGCGGACAGCGAACGAUCUGGUGGCGAUGACGAGUCGGGUUUCGAAGAGGCACUAGCUGGAGAGACGGGGACUGCUGUUGUUCGUUUUGUAUCACGUUUCGUCGACAAAGUAUGCAACGAAGGAAAUGUUACCCCGGAGCAUGUUCGAUCUCUCUAUCAAAUGAUUCCUGGAGUCGUGGCUAUGCAUCUUGAGACUCUAGAAACUGUCAGUCGAGAAGCUCAACGACUGCCUCCCAUACAGAAACCAAAGAUUUUAACUCCAAGUUUGUUAAACGGUGAACGCCUUCUUGUGGAAGGAAUACGAGUUUAUUUACUGCCAGACGGACGGGAAGAGGGCCCAUGCUCGGCAGGAAUGAGCCUGCUACCAGCCGAAGGCGCUCUUUUUUUGACGAAUUAUCGAAUCAUAUUCAAGGGUACUCCUUGUGAUCCACUUGUCUGCGAACAAACAGUUGUUCGUGCUUUUCCCGUUACGUCAUUGACGAAAGAAAAACGAAUAUCAGUCCAAUAUUUGGGCCAUCUCGAUCAGUGGCUUCAGGAAGGACUCCAGCUACGUUCCAAUACUUUUCAGAUGUUGAAAGUGGCAUUCGACGAAGAGGUGAAUUUAGACAGUGUUGAACAACUCCGCAAGUAUAUCCAUCGCGUCCGCCAUCCACCCCAGCCUUCCGUCUUCCAUUAUUUUGCUUUUGUCGGCCAGACAAUUGUAGAUGCCACGCCCAUUCACAAGGGCAAAGAAAAAAGCGCAACACUUAAAGGAAUGGCAAAGAAAACUCUUUUGAAAACAGCCCGGCAAGUUGGACUCAAACCCAAGAGCGCAAAUAAGAGAAAAAAGUACAUUCUUCAACCUGGAAUUACAUCCGUUGGUGGAAGCACAAGCGGAAGCGGUUCUCUCUUGCGAGAAGAAGAUGAAAUGGUAAUGGACGAAUCAUCUGCCAGGAGUCUUAAUCCUAAUGGCUCUGUUGGCGUUAUCAAUGUGGUCCUACAACCCGACCCCAAGACCCUGGAACGUGUCAUUGAACGCAGCUAUUGUAAGGAUUAUCAGAGACUCAACCUAGCACCGUCACCUAAUACCACAGGCACACUGACGCCCGGGAAACCCAAAAGCGAUUCAUUUAGAAUUUCUACAGCUAAUAGCAUGUACAACUUAUGUCGUACCUAUCCAGCGUUGGUGGUAGUGCCCGCCCAUCUUUCCGAUGACAGUCUUAGUAGGGUAGCUCGAUGCUAUCGCCAUGGUCGCUUGCCGGUUAUUACAUGGCGUCAUCCUCGAACCAAAGGACUUCUCCUGAGGGGCGCUAGUUUCCAUGUUAAGGGAGUUAUGAAUAUGCUGAGGAGUAAUGCCAAUGCCAAUUCUAUGGCUGCUGCACCGCCUGGACCAAAUGAUCCUGUCUCAUCAAGUCUGGAACAGGAACGUUAUCUAAAUGCUAUCAUCACAGCUACACCUGUAGCUGUGUUGCGUGAAGGAUCCUCUUGGGCAAUGUCAGACAGUACGCUGAGCAUCACUUCCCUGGUCCUAACUGUCGGCAAUUCCGCAAUGGGAUCUGCUAGCGGUGUAUCGCCAACUGGUGGACUGGAGACUCCUGAUGUCGGUCGAAAAAAUAAUUACUUCGGUCACGGUGGAACUAUUUCCAAAGCAAUGAGCACAUUGCGUCAUAAUACUGGCCGCAAAAGUGUCGGUCUCUGGGGUGCCGCGAAGGAUCGGCGUUCCGGAAGCGGAACUGCUACUCUUGCAAUUCCCCAUUCACCUCAUUUUCGUAGUAGCAGUGGACUAGGCGCAUCAGGAGGUGAUGGUGAUUCAUCAUCCACGGGGGAGUCUGCUCACUCUAUACGGCGAGCUGCUCUUUACAUCUUUGGCGAGAAGACCCCGAUUAAAGCCAUUCGCACAGACACACUUCCCAAAACGGAUUUCAUUCCGGUUGAUUUCCCUGAGCCACGCAACGUCCGUAACGCGUUCAAAAAGCUUGUCCGUGCUUGCGUACCCAGCUCAGUAAGCUCGGAGCCAGAUCAAAGUUUCUACCGUGCUGUUGAAAACUCUGAAUGGCUUCAACAAUUACAAACGUUGCUGCAAAUCGCUGGAGCGAUGGUAGAUCUGAUGGAUUUGAACGGAUCGUCUGUGAUGCUGUGUUUGGAAGAUGGCUGGGAUGUAACGGCGCAAUUGACUUCCAUCACACAGAUCUGUUUAGAUCCAUAUUAUCGCACAAUUGAUGGAUUUCGAGUUCUAAUUGAAAAAGAGUGGUUGGCCUUUGGCCAUCGGUUUUCCCAUCGAAGCCACCUCAAUUCCAAUUCUCCCGGUUCUGGUUCGAGUUCAUUCACUCCCAUCUUCCUGCAGUUUCUAGACAUGGUUCACCAAAUUCACAGGCAGUUUCCCCAGUCGUUUGAAUUCAAUCAAUUCUACCUCAAAUUUCUGGCUUAUCAUCAUGUUUCAUGUCGAUUCCGCUCCUUUUUACUGGACUCGGAAUAUGAUCGUGCAGAUGCUGGGAUCAUGGCCAUUGAAGAUAAACGUGGCUCUCUAUCUCGUCAUCACCGCAGCUUUGACACUUUGUCGGACGAUGAAUCAAGUCUCUUUCCUAACGGUGGACGUAUAUUGCCCGGUAGUUCAAAUGCCCAAUCUUCUUCUACCAGUGCAGGCCAGUCUAUUUUCGACUACAUUGAGAAGCAGUCAGCCAAGUCUCCCAUCUUUCACAAUUUUUGUUACACAUCGGAAAGCGAUAACCUCGUGCUUCGUCCGUACUGUUCCGUCUCCAAUCUGGUAUUGUGGGACUAUUUCCUGACGGAGGAGCUUUCUUUUGGUUCACCUUAUGACCUGGAGGUCAGUGCAAUGGAUUUGGCCCAAGCGGAAGAAGCACGAGCCAUGGAAGGUCCCAGUACAUCGCCUUCCCAUCGGCGUACUGUCACCAUAGGAUAUGAUGGAGUUCAGCACCAUUUACCAGAUGUGUUUAGCUAUAUGCUAGAUGAGAUACGCCGAUUGGAGACUGAAUUGGGCCAUCUACCACAAAAGUGGAAACUUCUUUGGGAUCGUAUGGAGCCACCAGUUCAAGAUUUCCCGGCAUCCAGACAAGAAGUUAGUUCCGUGGCAAUGGCUAGAGCUCACGCCCGGGACAUUCACAAACGACAAACGAUGGAAAUCCUGCUUAAAGGUCGCUUUCCUGCCGGAAGUGGGGCUGGUGCAGGGGCCGGUGUUGGAAUGGAAGGAGUCGCCCAAGUCUAUACCAACCCUCACCGUUUCGAAAAGUAUAACUUUUCUAGCCCCACCAGCUGUGACUAUUGCUCAACCAUUUUGUGGGGCAUAGUCAAAACUGGGAUGCGCUGUAGUGAUUGCGGUUACAACUGCCACGAGAAGUGCAUCGACCUUGUACCGAAGCACUGUUCCAAAUAUCAGACUUCAUCUGGAGGUUUAGGAGGUGUCGGAGAUGGGGGAGUUGGUCCAUCGACGCCUACAGUCAGCCAAUCAGGCAGGCCUGGAAGCGUAGACGUCUCUUCCGUUGGUUCCAAUGUCUCACCGCAUACUUCCACGUCUCACCAGCACUACGAUCAGUUUAGUCCGAAUAUUGCAGAGAAUCGAACCCAUGAGGGUUAUCUAUACAAGCGAGGUGCCUUGCUCAAAGCCUGGAAGCAAAGGUGGUUUGUUCUUGAUUCGGUGAAACACCAGUUGCGGUACUACGAUUCUAUGGAGGACCCUUGCUGCAAAGGCUUUGUCGACUUGGCUGAUGUUGUCUCUGUCGCACCAUCUGGCUCUGUUCCACAGGGAGCUCCUAAGAAAUUUGAUGAAAAGACGUUAUUUGAAGUACGCACUCAGCGCCGGACUUACAAUUUCUGUGCCAACGACUCUGCUUCUGCCCAAGAAUGGAUUGAAAAGAUUCAAGCUUGUCUACAGUAGCUUUCUUUUUUCGUUUGUUUAGCGUUUCUUCUUGACGACGAUUAUCAAUCUUUUGAAAUUCCGUCUAUCAGUUUCCUUGAGAUCGUCGUAUUGUUCCUUGCGUGGACUCGACAACUAGUUCUGCUACCUUUCCUAUUUUCGAUCAAAGACAAAAAAAAAAAAAAAAAAUUGUACCGUGUAGUCUUUUGUUCACUUUCGUUUCUGACAAAAUGUUUGGUUUGUAGAAUAAUGCACCAAAAAUUACGUUUGGCUCUGACUGGAGGAGAUUGCUGCUGAUCAAGACCUUUCCUUUUAUUACCAUUCAUUGUCCUCUUGUUUUUUUGUUAAGGGAACGGGAGGAUUCUUCCUCGCGUUGAAUUGCUUCAUACGCCUGUUAAAAUAUCAAAAUGCAAACGCAUCAAGAAAUACUAUUAGGAAAGAACAAGUUGUGUAUCGAAUUGUAUAUAGUCACGCUUGUUCUUGUUUUUUUUGUUUUUUUGUUGAAAACCCUGAUGGAAAUACAUUUGAACUUAAAUAGUAAA